AUGUCCACCAGGCUAAAAGUCCUCUGCCUCCACGGCUUCACAUCCAACGGCACAGUCCACGCGCACCAACUCCGACGGAUCACAAAAGCUCUCCCAGAAUACGACUUCAUCUUCCCCGACGGCCCCCACGAAGUAGACAUCUCCUCGCAAACGGACCUCUCCAAACCCGAGAACCAAGCGUGGACCGACUUGGUCACUUCCAUGGGCACUUCAGGGCAUCGAGCAUGGUGGUUCUCGCGGGACGGGAAUUGGCAGAAUGGCGAAACGGGAGGCUUCUACGGUCUGGAGAAGAGUCUCGACUUCAUCGGCAAUCUCCUGCUGGAGAAGGGACCCGUGCACGCCAUCUGGGGGUUCAGUCAAGGCGCCUGUUUCUCUGGCAUGUUAUGUUCUCUGCUACAAGAGAAGCUCGCAAAUCAUCCGUUACGGAAACACAUGCCCGCGCAACUACCCACUCCUUCAGCAGGUGUCAUCUUUAGCGGCUUCCGUGCGAGGUUCCCGCAGUACGAUAGCGUAUACGAGCCAGGCAUAGACGUUCCUCUGCUUCAUGUCAUUGGCGAGAAGGAUUCUUUGGUUCGUAGCGAGAGGAGUGAGGCGUUGAUCAAAGUUUGUCGAGAGGCGAAUUUUUUGAAGCAUCCUGGUGGUCAUGAUAUACCGAAGUUAGAUGAGGACCAAGGAAAGAUUGUAGAGUUUUUGAAGUCCAACGUUCCUUUGAGGUGA